UCCUCCUCUCGCGAAACACGAUGCGACGCAAGAAUGUGAAAGGCUCCCGCCCGCCGCCAUUUUCUUUCUUUCUUGGCAGGCUGGUAGGACGGUAGGAAGUAGUGGAAGGAGACAUGUCGGAUUAUUCUACGGUGCCCCCUCCUUCUUCGGGAGCACCCGGCGGAGGCGGAGGAGGUGGCGGGGCAGUCAAUGAUGCUUUUAAAGACGCGCUGCAACGGGCUAGGCAGAUUGCAGCAAAAAUUGGAAAUGAAUCAGGGACAUCUGUGAAUUCAAAUGAUUACAGUUAUGGGGGACAAAAAAGACCUCUUGAAGAUGGAGAUGGCUCUUGGACAAGUCCGAGCAGUACAACACACUGGGAGGGAAUGCCCUCUCCUUUUAAAGAUCAACCAGAACCUAAGAAAGUUGCUCCCCCAAACAAUGAUUCUUUUGGAAAUCAGUUACCACCCAUGCAUCAGCAACAGAGGUCUGUAAUGACAGAAGAAUACAAAGUUCCAGAUGGAAUGGUUGGAUUCAUAAUUGGCAGAGGGGGAGAACAGAUAUCUCGCAUACAGCAAGAAUCUGGAUGUAAAAUACAGAUUGCACCUGAUAGUGGUGGGCUUCCUGAAAGAUCUUGCAUGUUGACUGGAACACCUGAAUCAGUACAAUCUGCAAAGAGAUUGCUCGACCAGAUAGUUGAAAAGGGAAGACCUACACCAGGAUUCCAUCAUGGUGACGGCCCAGGAAAUGCUGUCCAGGAAAUCAUGAUUCCAGCUAGCAAAGCUGGAUUAGUUAUUGGAAAGGGUGGAGAAACUAUAAAGCAGCUUCAAGAGCGUGCAGGUGUUAAAAUGGUGAUGAUUCAAGAUGGACCACAGAACACUGGAGCAGAUAAGCCUCUUAGGAUCACAGGAGAUCCUUACAAAGUCCAACAAGCAAAGGAAAUGGUUUUAGACCUAAUUCGUGAUCAAGGUGGCUUCAGAGAGGUACGAAAUGAAUAUGGAUCAAGAAUAGGAGGCAAUGAAGGAUUAGAUGUACCAAUACCACGGUUUGCAGUUGGUAUUGUAAUUGGAAGAAAUGGCGAAAUGAUAAAAAAAAUACAGAAUGAUGCUGGUGUAAGGAUUCAAUUUAAACCAGAUGAUGGAACAACCCCUGAUAGAAUAGCACAGAUAACAGGACCACCAGACAGAUGUCAGCAUGCAGCUGAAAUUAUUACAGACCUUCUUCGAAGUGUUCAGGCUGGCAAUCCUGGAGGUCCAGGGCCUGGUGGUCGUGGUAGAGGAAGAGGUCAGGGAAAUUGGAAUAUGGGACCACCUGGUGGACUGCAAGAAUUUAAUUUUAUUGUUCCCACUGGAAAAACUGGAUUAAUCAUUGGGAAAGGUGGUGAAACUAUCAAGAGCAUUAGUCAGCAAUCUGGUGCAAGAAUAGAACUUCAGAGAAAUCCACCACCAAAUGCAGAUCCCAACAUGAAAUUAUUUACUAUUCGAGGGACACCACAACAGAUUGAUUAUGCUCGGCAGCUCAUAGAAGAAAAGAUUGGAGGUCCAGUAAAUCCUUUGGGGCCCCCUGUGCCUCAUGGACCUCAUGGUGUUGUUCCUGGGCCACAUGGACCCCCUGGGCCGCCUCCUGGGGCUCCAAUGGGACCUUACAAUCCAGCUCCUUAUACCCCUGGCCCUCCUGGUCCUGCACCUCAUGGACCUCCAGCACCAUAUGCUCCACAAGGAUGGGGUAAUGCAUAUCCACAUUGGCAACCACCAAAUCCCCCAGACCCUGGUAAGCCAGCAGAUCCUAAUUCAGCAGCAUGGGCAGCCUAUUACGCCCACUACUAUCAACAGCAAGCACAGCCACCCCCUGCAGCUCCACCUAGUGCACCACCUGCCACUCAGACUAACGGACAAGGAGAUCAACCAAAUCCAGCACCAGCAGGGCAGGUAGAUUAUACCAAGGCUUGGGAAGAAUACUAUAAAAAAAUGGGUCAACAAGGGCAGCCACAAGAUUAUUCAAAGGCUUGGGAGGAAUAUUACAAGAAGCAAGGUCAAGCUGUUCCAGCUCCAACUGGAGCCCCACCGACAGGUCAGCCAGAUUACAGUGCAGCAUGGGCUGAGUACUAUCGACAGCAGGCAGCUUAUUAUGCCCAGACAAGUCCACAAGGAAUGCCACAACAUCCUCCAGCACCACAGGGCCAAUAAUAAGAAGUGGACAAUACAGUAUUUGCUUCAUUAUGUGGGGGAAAAAAACCUUUGUUAAAUGUAUGGAUGCAGACGCCUUGAUGAAGAUCAUAAUUUUGUUUGGUUUAAAAAUAGUGUUUUUUUGAAAUGUACAAAAUAUCUAUCACAACUGAUAGGAGGUAAUAUUUCUGUGUAGAAAUGGAAAUUGGUUUGUUUUUAGUACAUUAGUGUAGAUGUACACAUUCCAGCAAAUGUAUUUGCAACUAUUAUGUGGUCAAUGCUUUGUGAUAUAAAUGUACUUUUUCAAUGUAUACUUGAUCACUUUUAAAUGCUUGUUUUGUGCUUUGCAAUAAAUAAUAUGAAACCUCC